AUGAAUUCCUCUCUGGUCAAAGAGGUCAACGUGGAGCAACAGUCCACCGACAUUGAACAAGGCAGUGGAACAGGCGAUUCUGCCGACACAGCGUCGCGACCACACCAAGGCAUGACCAGCUUUGAAAUCAUUGAACCUACAACAUCGAUGGGUGGUGCAUCACUUGUUCCAAUCGAAUCCGAUCCAUACGGCAGCCGGCCGGCCGUGUUUAGUAGUCUGGCUCAAGAAUGUCUAUUUGUGUUGACGACGACGUUGGCAGUGGGGCAGAGCUCCAUCUUCUCUGGGGCGAUUCUCUGCAUGACCAGCUUCAUCGGACGGGAUCUCAACAUGACGGCGGCCGAAGUAACGUGGAUCAGCGCAGCACAGACAUUGGCCGCAGGAACAUUUCUUCUCUUCUUUGGCCGGGUGGCUGACCUUUUUGGACGGCGCUUGUUGUUUUUGGUCAGCAUUGGCUUCUUCAGCAUCUGUCUGUUGGUCGUGGGUUUUGCGACAAAUGCAAUCUACAUGGAUGUAUUUUGUGGACUCCUAGGCCUCAGUUCGGCGGCUUCGGUGCCACCAGCGAUUGGGAAGCUGGGAGCGGUUUACGACAAGCCGUCACGACGCAAGAAUCGAGCAUUUGCGUGUUUUAGUGCUGGUAAUCCAGUGGGGUUUGUGUUUGGGGCGUUUAUUGCUGGUGUGACAAUGCAAGUGUCGACCUGGAGGGCGGUAUUCUGGGUCAUGUCAGUAAUCUACGGCUUCUUCUUCUUUGCGGCGUGGUGGACGACGCCGAUGGAUGUUGAACAGAGCCUGGGGGGUUUGAAUAUGGACACAUUCGUCAAGUUUGACCUGCUGGGGGCGUUUCUGGCCGUGGUUGGAGUGGCCAUGUUCACGGCAGCUCUGACCUUGGGUGGAGAGAGCGGGUGGGGGGCGUCAUACGUGAUUGCGAUGUUGGUGGUGGGAGUGGUUUUGACGGGUGGCUUCGUGUAUUGGCAGAGUGUGUUUCGGUAUCCACUGAUGCCGUUGAUGGUAUGGAGGGACCGAAACUUCAGUCUGGUGGUGAUUGUCCUGUGCCUGGGCUUUUAUGGCUUCUCAGGAAACCUCUUCUGGCUUACGCUGUCCUGGCAGCGGAUUGACAGCUUGUCGCCACUGAUGAACGCGGUACGACUAUUGCCAGCUGGAAUAGGAGGCAUCGUGGUCAACUUCCUCGCGGCCGUCAUCAUGCAUCGGAUCUCAAACAAGAUCAUCAUGAUUGCGGGAGCAGUGUCAGCCGUCAUCGCCUGUGCCCUCUUCUCGGCGACGUCGACUGAGAUCAGUUAUUGGGCACUGACGUUUCCUGCCCUUUUGUUUUCGGUGCUAUCGGCCGAUCUCGAGUUUACCGUGACCAACAUGUAUGUCAUGUCGUUUCUGCCGAGCGAACAGCAGUCGGUUGCAGGGGGGCUGUUCAAUACGGUGAUACGGUUAGCAGCGACCAUUGGGAUCGGAAUUCAAACCAGCAUCUUCAACAGCGCCGGAGGAGCAUCCGAGGGAGAAGGGGCCCUCAAGUAUCGAGCAUAUCAGGCGACCUUUUGGGUGAGUCUGGUGGGUGCGGUGGUGGCCAUGGGAUUUGUACCAUUUAUCACCAUUGGACGGCAGGGUAGUCGAAAGCACCAAGACUAG